CCUUCUAUCAAGCGAAUGUGUACAUCGUUGGUCGCAGAUGUAAAUACUAAAUACUAGUAGGUUUUGUUUACAUGCUUCAGCAAGUGGAGUUUGUGGUGUGACAUUGUAUGACGAGUGUUACGCACGUGGAGAGGGUAAUACAAGAGUGACAAAACGUAGAAAAUAAAGAUUGUUGCUGACAUAAGAAGUUCAUUCUCACAUGCAAGUGCAGCCUACAGUUUAAAUUACUUCGGAAACUGUGUACAUUAGAUGCAUCUGUACAUCUUCCAAAUAAGAGCUGCAGUGAGGUUGCUAGCAAGAAAGAUUGUUAACAAUAAUUUCAGAAUCAAGAAGUUUCAUUAUCUUUGUAGUCGUAACAACAUUGUUAAUAGUGACAUUAUUCCUCGAAGAAAAUUGACCAUGGAUGAACACAGUACUGCUGGUGUGCCCUUGGAUGAAGUAGUUUCACAGUUAAAUUCAUUUGCUGAAUUAUCAUUGGCUGAGACGUGGGAUAAUGUAGGACUACUCAUUCAGCCUUAUACUUCAAGAACAGUUGAGAAGAUUUUGCUUACAAAUGAUUUAACUGAAGCUGUAAUGCAAGAAGCAUUAGAAAAGAAUGUGGGGAUGAUUAUUUCUUAUCAUCCACCAAUUUUUAGGCCCUUGAAAUCUGUUACUAAAAGGACAUGGAAGGAGCGUCUUGUUGCUGCUUGUUUGGAAAAUAGAAUUGCUUUGUAUUCACCACAUACCAGUUUUGAUGCAGUGAGAGGAGGAGUUAAUGACUGGUUAGCCAGUGCUUUUGACCACAAAACUGUUUAUCCACUGAUACCAUCAGCUUCUUCUGGAGGAAGUUCCUAUUUAGCAGAACUAACUUUUCAAAAGCCAGAGUCUCCUGAUGAAUCUCUGGAAGAUAGUGCUGCAAGAUCGUCACAAGAUGACAAUCUGGGUGACCAUUGUUCAGCAGAAAAUGUAGAAGUUGUUUCUUGUGGUGAUGGAAAGUUAUCUUUGAAGAUUUCACCUUCCAUGUUACCAAAGGUUAUGAAUGUGUUUAAAAUUUCAGCCAAUACAAAGGUUACAAUUCCAGAAUGUGGAAUGGGUCGCAUGUGCUAUCUUAAAUCACCACAACCAUUGACAAAAAUUGUUGAGACUGUAAAGAAACAUGUCAGAGUUCCACAUCUUCGUCUCGCUCUUGCUGUUGGGAAGAAUAAUGAUUCAUUGGUAUCCACUAUUGCGAUUUGUGCUGGUUCGGGAGCUUCUGUAUUGAGAGGAGUUAAAGCAGACCUCUAUCUCACUGGCGAGAUGUCUCAUCAUGAGGUACUGGAUGCUGUGCAUGACGGUCAUCAUGUGAUACUGUGUGAGCACAGCAAUUCUGAAAGGGGUUUCCUGACACAUUUUGCUGACAUAUUAGCUAAUGAACUUCUUGAUGGCAAAGUUCAAGUAUUAGUAUCAGUUGCUGAUAAAGAUCCACUUCAAGUUGUUUAAAAUUAAAAUAUUUGCUACUGAAAGCUGACAUUUUUUAUAUAUUUUGAAUUACAAAUAUUAUAAACACAUACUGUUCUGCAGUGUUAUAAACCUUAAUAAAAAUUUUCCCUCAACAAGUCUUUUCUUUUCCUGGUUAGCAUUUUUUUUUUCUUUUGAUAUAUAGAGGUUUUAUUAUACAAUGUUUGUAUGAUUAUGAAAAUGGUUACGAUUACUGUUUAUAGUUUAAAAUAAAUGGUACUACAUACAAUAUUUGGCAUGAAUUGAACAAAUAGAUAUUUUCUGAUGUAUAGGGAGUAAAUGUUAUUGUAAUAUGGUUUACAAUGUUUGUUCUGUAGGGGACACAUUGACUCUGUGUGUAAGAGUAGAGUGCAUUCACAUGCUGUGUAAUUUACUACAUGCUCACAGCUUGUAAAUUUCAGUCAGUGUUUGUUGUUGAUUGUAACUGCAAUGUACAAUUUCCAAAUGCUCUUUAUUCAUAAAAGUCUACAAUGAUUAAGAAAUUAUAAUUUUUCUAAUCUGCUGUUCCUGGUAAUCACACAACUUUUACUUUUGAGCUUGUUUUCCUCUCAGAGCAAUUACUGAAAUUAGGCAAAAAGUCAUGUGAAUUAUUUUAGUUUGUCACUAUAUUCUUAGGAAAAAAAAACCGAAUUAUCCAUGUUUCUUACUGAAAAGAGAUGAAAGGCCUUGUUUAUACUUGUGGAUCUGACAUGAAUGAUUAGUUGUCCAAACUACUGUUUAAUGCUGUGUUUCCUAAACUGUGUUCCAUGGAAUGUGUAUGAAACUAAAAAAUUAAAAUAAAAAAUGAAGAACUACUAACCCUCACUUCCACUUACUGAUUACAGCAGAUCAGAGAUUAGCAUCCAGUAUAAAGAAUGAACUUAGUAUUUGUCUUGAGCAGAUUUUAAUUACAAAUGGAUGAAACCAACAGUGCAGUUUCACUUGCAUGAUUGAUUGUAAUAGUUAAGCAUCUGCACAAAAAUACGUUAUUGAAGAGUCUUCUUUUAUGCUAAUCUCUACCAACAUGUACUACUACAUUUGAAAUAUUGGGUUCUGCAAAAUAGAUUUCUUGAAGUGACUAAAAUGCCAUGAGGAAAAGGCUCUGAGUGGCAUAAUUAACAGUGGUGCAGAGCUUAUUAAAAUUUCACCAAAAAUGUUCUAGUAACAACAGCAUAAUCUAUAGGCAGUCAUUUUCUGUAAGAACUAAAUAAAUAAAUGAGAAUGUU